AGUGAGCUCAUGGCUCAGCUGGGCCGGCAGGGCACGGACACGCCGCGCACACGGGUGUCAGGGCAGCUCAGAGGGGCUCCUGUUCCAGGGCUGCCGGCACAAAGGGCGGGAGCCGCCCCCGCCUCGCCCCCGGGCCUGCCAAGGCACGCAUGAAUAGCGGCUCUGUGGCAGCCCGGCCAGAGCUCCUCCUGCCCGGGACAGCGGCGGAUGGCCUCGGACAGGGACCGCAGCGACCCGCACGGCAUGAACCCCCACCUGCGGGUCAACGGGCCCAUGAACAUCAACCACUACGCCACCAAGAAGAGCGUGGCAGAGAGCAUGCUGGACGUGGCGCUCUUCAUGGCCAACGUCACCCAGCUCAAGGCCGUGCUGGAGCAGGGCACCUCCUUCCAGUACUAUGCCACCCUCAUCGUGCUCAUCAGCAUCUCCCUCUUCUUCCAGGUGAUGAUUGGGAUUCUGCUGAUCGUCACCGCUCGUUUGAACCUGAAUGACAUUGCAAAGCAACCCCGCCUGAACAUCCUCAACAACGCUGCCACAGCCCUCAUCUUCAUCACAGUCAUCAUCAACAUCUUCAUCACAGCCUUCGGGGUGCAGAAGACUGGCCUCUACCCCACCAGGAAUUUUGGACCUUAUUAAUCCACGGGGCAAUGGACUCAGGAUCCGGGCACUGCAGCUCUCCUCCACCGACCUCGGCAGGAGCCCAUCAAACCCACAAAACUGGGUCAGACUCCAAACCCGUCUGUGCCACAGCACACAGGCCCCUUGCUGGAAUGCUUCUGCACUUCUGAGGGGGGACAUUGCCUUUCCAAGCUAGAGCAAACUUUGCAACAGAAAACUGCAGGAAGAGCAGCAGGUAUUCAUUUUAAAAGUGCAGUUCUGUAAAUCUCUUCUCUUAUUUUAGCUGCCUGCUUCACAUAUACAAUAUUGGCUCUAUUGGUAGACAAGACUGAAUGAUUUACUUUGUAGGCUAAAUAAACAAAUCCAGCUUUUUUUGUCUCAAACAUAAGUUGAUGCCCUUAAAGCAAUUCUAUCUAAUAGUUUACCUCCCAAAUGUUGGAACUGAUUUCUCAAACUAAAAAAGAACUUUUCCUAGGAGGACAGAAUGGUGUGUGUACAGGGAGAUACCUAGAAGCAGUUCAAAUGUUCCCUUAGUUGUUUAAAAUUCAAUGUGACAUAGUUCAGAAAACAAUCAGACAUUUCCAGCACUGAAAUAUUAACAAGGACAGAAAACAGUUACUGUGGUCUGAUGUCAUCAUCAGGGACCUAUCAGGAAUGAUGUCAGAAUAGCCUGAUAGUAUUUAGUAGAAAAUGAAGAAAUAUUAUACGUAAGGACACAGCCUAGGCUUAUUGCCACAAUGAAAAAUUACAGUUGAAUAGCUUAUUACUUUAUUAAAAAAAUCACCAUUAUCAUUUAUUUUUAUCUCUAACAUAAAUGUUUUAAAAUGUAUUUAGUUUAUAAUGAUAGCUCUGGUUAAUUCUCUUGUAUUAGAACAAUUUUUUAAAAAUCAUUUGAAUUAAUGAGGUUCAAGAUUUUUAUUAAAGAGUAAAAAUUUUUUAUCCUAAAUUUUUUAACUCUGUAGUCAUGCUAAAAAAUGGUAUUUUAAUAGCCUUAAUGUAAGCCUGUUUAAGUAAUUACAAGCUCUUUUGAUUAUUAAAUGAUUUUUCCAUUGUA